CGCGCGCGACAGCGGCGAUAACGACGAUACGAUACUAGUAUCUGUAUCUCUCGAUGCUGAUCCACGAUAUCUCGUCGGCCAGUUUGACUUUUCGCAUCAGGCAUGCAAUCGUCAAAGUGUGACGUAUACGCUGUAAAAGUGUGACACCGCACUGCGCGAAUGCAAAUGUUGUCUUGCGAGCGAAAACUUUCUUCUUUCGAGAAGGACGAUGCACGAAGCUGUCGGAAUCUAUCGGGAAUUAUAGGACGGUGCGAUUGGCAAAACGAUUGCGAUUCCGGGCGGUCGGGCUGAACGGUCUGAAUAUUAUCGCUCUUUUCGGUUUCUUACCUAUAUUACUUCCUUUUAUUCCUCCAUUAUUUAUUAACGCUCGUUAAUUGCCGUUUUUCAAAUUUUCCUCGCAACAUGCCGUGUUUUUCUAUCGUUUUCUAGCAGUACAAAAUUAUUUCUACUACUAGAGUUUCUAGAAAAAUCUUCGAAAAUUGUGCGCCUCGAUGCGCACACGUGACUCGAGUGUCAACAAGUGUCAAUCGCCAAUUCCCAGCACGAUCUGCUAUUCAGAUCGCGCUCCAUCUCCCGAAUCUCGGAGUCUGAUUCGCAUCUAGGCGACACCAUACUGGAGUAAUCCUGGUCACGCGACCGUUACACCCGUGAGCAUGCUGCGAAACGACCGAAGACGCAUCCUCAAGCAGUUCCGCAACUGCAAGAUCCUCCGCGAUGGCACGAUGCAGGAGGAGGACCUCUGGGUGCGCGACGGCAAGAUCGUGAACCCGGAGAAGAUCUUCUACGACGAGAAGGUCGAUUCGGACAUCAAGAUUGACUGUGCCGGCGCCUUGAUCUCACCGGGAUACAUAGACCUGCAGAUUAAUGGAGGAUUUGGUGUGGACUUCUCAUACGACGACAAUGUAGAGGAGGGUAUUGAUAAGGUAGCGAAGGGGCUGCUAAAGUAUGGGGUGACGUCCUUCUGUCCUACACUGGUGACGUCUCCUAGCAAGGUGUAUCAUAAGAUAUUGCCAAAGAUAAAGAGGCGAGCCGGAAGUAGCCGCGGUGCUGGUAUACUGGGCGUUCACUUAGAGGGACCGUUUAUCAAUCCGAGCAAAAAGGGUGCCCAUCCAGAAGAUUACAUCAGAAAGUUCAAUCACGGAUUUAAAUCUGUUACGGAGAUGUAUGGGGAUCUGGAUAACGUGUGUAUGAUCACCCUAGCACCCGAAAUUCCAAACGCCAUAUCCGUCAUCGAGGAAUUAUGUAAAAGAGAUGUCAAAGUGUCUAUUGGACAUUCUAUAGCGAAUAUACGCGAAGCGGAAACAGCGGUUAAAUAUGGAGCAUCAUUUAUCACUCAUAUUUUUAACGCCAUGUCAUCUUUCCAUCAUAGAGAUCCAGGACUGGUUGGCCUAUUAACGUCCAAUCAAAUCCCAUCUGAAAGAAACGUUUUCUUCGGGAUAAUUGCCGAUGGGAUUCACGUUCAUCCUGCGGCGUUGACAAUCGCUUAUAAAUCUCAUCCCAAAGGUCUCGUGCUUGUAACUGACGCGAUAUCCGCAUUGGGCCUCGAAGAAGGAAUUCACAAGUUUGGGCAGUUUGAAAUAGAGAUACAGGGAGACUCCGCCUACAUCGCUGGGACGGACACUCUGUGCGGUAGCAUCGCUGACAUGUCCAAAUGCGUGAAAAAUUUCAAGGAAGCUACACGUUGCACGACAGCUGAGGCUCUAGAGACGGCAACCCUACAUCCCGCGAAAGCCCUCGGCAUCGAUUCUCACAAGGGCGUUCUUAACUACGAUACCGAUGCCGAUUUCAUAUUACUUAACGAGAAGCUGGAGGUACUACAAACGUGGAUCGCAGGCGAAUGCGUUUACGACUCCGUCCGCAGUAAUGGUGCGACAUGCGUGUGCGAGAAGCCUUAAAUAUGUUCCAAGAGAUACCGAUAAGUCUCUGCAUCGAGGCUUUCAUGCUCCUUUAUAAUCGCGGAUUAAAGAUUAUUAUCUUAUAAGGUAUUGCAUAUAUUUCAGAAGUUUAAUAUGUCUUUUUGAUUGAUACAAGUAUUGAUUUAUGCGGAAUAUAAAGUUUUGUAAAAAAUAUAUAUGGCUGUGCCACAGAUGCAAAUGAUUUCUUGAAAUGAUGGAUGAUGUUAGCAGAGCGUGUAAUAUUUUUAUGCAGUCUUCUAUCGAAAUGCAUGCGUGUAAUAAUAAACAUAGUGUUUUUAA